AUGGCAGAGAGCAGCAACUACGACUACCUCUUCAAGGUGGUAUUGAUCGGUGAUUCCGGCGUAGGGAAAUCAAACCUGCUGAGCAGGUUCACGAGGGGAGAGUUCAACCUCGAGUCCAAGUCUACUAUCGGGGUAGAGUUCGCGACGAGGUCGAUUGACGUGGAUGGAAAGACGGUCAAGGCGCAGAUCUGGGAUACUGCCGGCCAAGAACGCUACCGCGCCAUCACCUCGGCAUACUACCGUGGCGCCGUCGGCGCGCUGCUCGUAUACGAUAUCGCCAAGCACGGGACGUACGAUAACGUCGUCCGGUGGCUCAAGGAACUUCGGGACCAUGCCGAUUCCAACAUUGUCAUUAUGCUCGUGGGGAACAAGAGCGACUUGAAGCAUUUGAGGGCGGUUCCGACGGAGGAGGCGAGGGCUUUCUCUACUGAGAACGGCCUGUCAUUCAUCGAGACCUCGGCUCUGGACGCUUCCAACGUUGAAGGCGCCUUCCAGACUAUCCUGACUGACAUCUACCGUAUCGUCUCGUCCAAAUCGCUCGAAUCAAGCGGGGACGUCAUCAAGCCCAGCGGGGGCGAGACUAUUCUCGUCACCCCUACGGCGGACGAUGGGGGUGCGCAGAAGGGUAAGGGGUGUUGUUAG